ACAGACGCAGGGUAAAAUACCUUAAAUUAGUACAAAUAGCCAAUAAAUCUGAUUCUAGCUGAUGUCAACAGAGUCCUGAAAUAAUGAAGAACGUCACUCACAAAAUACAUACUGUGAAUGGUGGCUUUGUUUUGACCAGCUUUAAGAGACGGAAAGAAUAUUUUAGGGCAUAAUGUUCAGGUACAGUGGCCUGCUAAGUCAAUAAACACAGGUUAUUCAAUUUAAAAAUAAAAUAUACUCAACAUACUAGCAUACUAUUUUGAAUUGUGUUAUUAGCUCUAAGAGAAAAGGUUAUACAGUUAAGUCUGUUGUGUUUAAUAUGAUCGGCUUAUGCUUUUAGAAGACGUAUGUAUACAAUUAAUUACGAAAUAAUAAUUCCUGAUUUAGAAAGAUAGUAAAUGCUGACACCUAGUGACAAAAACAGAACCAUUCUGUCCCCGGAACCUAAGUCUCCUAGCUGAGGCGAUCUUCGGAGUUAUUUAUGAGACGGACCCCACUAGCCAAUGCUAAGCGAUGCUAGGCCUUCAGAAGCUAACACGUCUAAUUAAACUCAUUUAUUUCAGUCUGCUCUGAAGUACUCAUGUUAUCUCGCAAGCAGAAACGCGUGUGGAGGUACGUGGAGGAGGGCAGCGUGCUGAAGCUGAAGUCGUACCUCCGGAGGCACCGGGACCUGGAUGUGAACUUCUCCCACGGCCGGAGGGAGAGGAGCCCGCUGCACCUCGCCUGCUGCCUGGGAGAAGACGCUGCGCUGCGGCUGCUGCUCAGACACGGAGCCGAUGUCCUCCAGAAGAACCGCAAAGGAGACACGGUGUUACACGUAGCCGUCAACAAGGCUCUGAAAAACAACAAUACAGCGUAUAAGGACCUAGUAGAGCCUCUCCAAAACAGUUGUCCAGAAGCUUUGGAUACUCCCAACAAUGCUGGAGUCACACCUCAAGACCUGCUGGACUGGAGGAAACAAACAAAGGCUGCUGAAAACAUGAGUCGUCCAUCUGAAAAAGACCCCCAGAAGGAGUGGAUCGAAAAGCUGUUUGGGGAAUGCGUGGAUGAGUUUCAUGAAACCUUUGCUGAUGAUUAUCUUCCUGUCGAUGAUGAUGAGGAAGACUUUGGGGACUGGGCUGACCGUAUUAGAAGAGAUUAUUAUGAUAAGAAGAUCGCUGAAACUCAGAGACUGGCAGCUUCGUCUUCUGGGUGGAAAAAGAAAAAGAAGAGUGAUCAAGAGAGAGAGCAGGAGGCGCAGAGCCACAAGGAGCUGCACGAGAAGCUGCAGAGGGAACAUGAAGAGUACCUGGCACGAGCCAAACGUAAAGAGGAAGAGACUAAACUGGGUAAAAAGCGCACGUACGAUGAAAAGUGCGCGGCUACUUUUGAUGGUGGCUCUUCAUCUAAAGACACAAAGCUGAGCUACAGCGACAUCCCCUGGCCGGCUCCACGAGGCACCGUGCAGGAUAUGCUGGAUGUGAUGCUGCACGGCGUGGACAGGAACGACGUGCCGGUGUUCCGUAAAAUGCUCCUGAAGCAGCAAGUGCUGUGGCAUCCUGACAAGUUUGCUCAGCGCUGUGAAGCUCGUUUAGAGGAGAAGGACAAACAGCGGAUCCUGGAUACAGUCACAGCGCUGUCGCAGGAGCUCAACAGUCUGGCACAGAGCCUCAAGUCUUAAAAUGUUAACUUUAUAUAUAAUGAGCGUAUUUUCUGGACAAUAGAACUGUUGCAUUAAAGCAGUGGUUCCCAAAGUGAGAGACCAGGAGGAGAAAUGGUUAUUAAAAAAAAAAAGAUCAUAAUUUGAAAAAUUAUUGAUUCAAAAAUAGUGUGUGUGUGUGUGUGUGUGUGUGUGUGUGU